AUGGGCGUUCCUGAGAUUAGUUCGACUGUGCCGGAGGCCAAGGAUGGUCGCGCAGCUGUGAUUAAGGUGCAGAAUGCGGAUGAGCUGCGUUUGGCUCAGAUGGGACACAAGCAGGAGCUUAAGCGGCAUUUCUCUGUUUGGAGCUUGAUUGGCCUUGCUGCGAACUGCACCAUCUCCUGGACAGGUCUGGGGUUGGGGUUGAUUACCGCCAUCAAUGCGGGCGGUCCGGGGGCACUUAUCUACGGAUUCAUCCUCGUCUUCAUCCUCCAGUCCUUCGUCGGGACCUCGCUCGCUGAAUUCGUCUCCGCAUACCCGACCGAGGGAGGAAUGUACCACUGGAUAGCGGCGAUCGCCCCCAAGCGAUAUAACAGUUUGUUGAGUUUUGCGACGGGGUGGUGUACAGUCUUUGGCUGGAUCUUCACGACUGCCUCUACGAAUCUGAUUUACGCUACGACCGUUAUGGCGUUGAUUGCGCUUUACCAUGAAGACCUUGUUAUUGAGCCCUGGAUGACCUUCGUUGCUUAUCAGAUUCUAAACAUUUUCACAUCUGGCAUUGUCAUGUUUGGAAAUCGGUUUAUUCCUUUGAUUAACAAAUUCUCUCUGGUUUACCUGCAACUAGCCUGGUUCGUGACGAUGGUCACGGUAGCUGCCUCGGCUCCGAAGCACAAUGAUAGCAAGUUCGUGUUUAGGACUUGGAUUAAUAACACCGGUUGGGAGAAUAACGUGAUGUGUUUCAUUACUGGAUUGGUGAAUCCCUUGUACUCCCUGGGAGGAUUGGACGGGAUUUCGCACAUUACCGAGGAAAUGCCCAACCCCGGAAGAAAUGCGCCUCUAGGUCUCGCAAUUACCCUCUCAAUCGCAUUCGUCACCGGAAUCACCUAUCUCCUCAGCCUAAUGUUCUCCGUCCAAAACUACAAUUCGCUCGCAGAUACGCAAACCGGCCUUCCCCUAGCCGAGAUCUUCUUCCAAGCAACAUCCACCAAAGGCGGUGCUUUUGGUCUUAUCUUCAUGGUCUGGAUUGCUCUUGGACCCUGCGUUAUUGGAUCGCAGCUGAGUGAGUCCAUCCUCAAAUAUGAUAUCGAGUCCACGCUGAGUUCUUUAGGUACCGGUCGCGUUUUCUGGGCCUUUGCUCGUGAUGAGGGUCUUCCAUUGUCGAAGAUCUGGGCACGCGUACACCCCAAACUGGGCUCCCCACUGAACGCCCAGCUCUGCGUCGGAGUAAUCAUCGCGCUGCUCGGCUGUAUCUACCUCGGCUCGACGACUGCCUUUAAUUCCAUGAUGGGUUCAGCAGUAACGGUAAACAACCUCGCCUACCUAGUCCCAAUCCUAACAAACAUCCUCCUCCGCCGGCGCACAAUGCACCGCGGCCCCUUCCACCUACCCCACCUCGCCGGUAUGGUAGUAAACAUCAUCUCAGCGCUCUGGCUCAUCUUCGCUAUCGUCUUUUUCUCCUUUCCGUACGAGAUGCCCGUGACAGUGCCUAACAUGAACUACACCUGCGUCGUCGUCGGCGGUUUCAUUAUCAUCGAACUGCUUUGGUGGCUUGUUGCGGGUAAGAAGUACUCGCAGACGGUCCAGCGGGCGCGUGAGGAGGGGAGUAAUGCUGCUUUGAUUGUUGAGGCCGAAAGUACGGAUUCUCGGACUUGA